AUGCGCUCGCCCGCCCCGGGAUGCGCUCGCCCGCCCCGGGAUGCUGCGGGGCUCGGCAGCCGGGACCGCGUACGCUGCCGCUGUCCCUCGCCGCGCUCCCUUCCCUGGGAAAAGGGGGCCGAGGUGUCCCCUCCCCGAAGGAAAACAACGCUGCGCUUUUACCUGCUGAGCACAGGCGCAAACAGCUAUGGACAACUUGGUCUUGGUCAUAAAGAGGAUGUGCUGGUACCUCAGGCACUGAAAGAUGUUUCCUGCAAAUGUCAAGACAUUGCAAGCAUUGCUGGAGGAGGGGGACAUUCUGCAGUUAUCACUGGUGGAGGACAACUCUUUGUAUGUGGCCAUAACAAAGAUGGGCAGUUGGGAUUGAAUCACACAGAGGAUGUGCUGCACUUUACCUUGUGCACUGCCCUGUCUGGCUUUUGUGUAAAACAAGUUGCAUGUGGCUGGGAUUUCACAAUCAUAUUAGUAGGAUCGGGCCUAGUUCUGUCCUGUGGGUCAAACUCUUUUGGACAAUUAGGACUUCCUCAAAUUUCAGGUCCGUGCUUGAUUCCACAAAAGAUUGAGUCUCUCAAAGAGAAGGUGGUGAAUGUCGCUGCAGGACUGAGACAUGCCCUUGCUGCUACAGACAGUGGUCUGGUUCUUCAGUGGGGAACUGGUAUGGCAACUCGGGCAAAGCGUGCAAACCAAGGAAAAACUCUCCCCCUGUUCUUGACAGCAAAGGAACCCUGUGAAGUGACAGGCCUGGAAGAUGUAAAGGUGAAGACAGUUGCUGCAAGCUCCUAUCAUUCAGUGUCCCUCACAGAUGAAGGACACCUGUAUGUCUGGGGCAGCAACAAACAUGGACAGUUAGUGAGCAAAGAGAUCUUUCUUGCUGAGCCCAAGAAGAUUGAGACUCAGGUCUUCUCACAUGAAAAGAUUGCAGCAGUUUGGAGCGGCUGGACCCACUUGGUGGCACAAACAGAAACUGGCAAGGUAUUCACCUGGGGCAGAGCGGACUAUGGGCAACUUGGAAGGCAUGCAGUGGUUCCCGACGGGCAGGAGUUGUGCACAGCAUCUGAACAAUGCUUGGAGCUGUUGUGUAACAUCCCUGUUUCAGUGCCUUGCCUAAAUGGAGCAUCUCAGAUUGCAUGUGGCUCAGAGCAUAAUCUGGCAGUAGUUGGUGGCCAGUGCUUCUCCUGGGGAUGGAACGAACAUGGGAUGUGUGGUGAUGGCACAGAAGCAAAUAUUUGUGUCCCGAAGCCAGUCAAAGCUCUCAGUUAUGCAAAAUUAAUUGGAUGUGGGGCAGGACACUCCAUGGCUCUUUCAAACUCCACAUUAGACUUAGCACACCUGGAAUCAUAACAUCAUGGAUGUGUGUGGACCUUUUUGGGUUGCUCAGAAGAGCUACAAGAGAAUUGCCCAUGAUUAACACAAUAGUUGGAAAGCGCAGAUGUUUUUUCUAAGUCUGAAAGGAACAACUAUGGAUUGAAAACUAUAAUACUUUAAAAAUUGUUUCAUGGGUUCUGUCACAGGAAUUGACUUUCUUACCCAUAGAUAGAAUUACAAACAUUUUGUCUCGAAGCAAAACAACUGAAGACAGAUUUACUACUUAUUCUUCUGAGAAGUCUUUGGGGAAGAAACCAACUUGUUAAUCACUUAUCAUUGGUGUAUAAAUUCAGUCUGAGGAAAUGGUCUGAGAAGGUGGUCUUUUGUUAUUGUAUCUUUACAUCACUAUAAGCAUAUGUUGCACCUGCCAACUUCUGCUGGAGUUGUGAGCUCCCAGCAGCUCAGAAAAUCGUUUGUAUCACAAAGAAAUACCAGUGAACAUAAAUAGAUGCAUACACACAGUUUAAACAGAAGAUCAGGAUAAAAAAAAAUGGUGAUAUAAUUUAGAAGGCUGGUAAAAGGGGGAAACGAGACCCUUUUGAACUAGCUUUAUGUUGAUUAAACUGUGAAAGGAGCAGUAUUUCUGAUGUUCUGUGCCAGGCAUCAGUUUAUUAUAGAUUUACAGGGAUGCAAAUCUGUGUGAAUUAUCAUUAACUUGCAAACCAUACCUGAAGUUUCUGAAGCUACUGCUUAGGGAAGAAAAAAUUUUAAGAGCUCUUGGAAACAAUCUAAAAAUUCUUAUCAAAGGGCCUAAGUCAGUUGUAGCUGUCAACAACAGUUUGAUCGGACGUAACUCCUGUAUUUCCAGCUGCCUUUGAAUAGGAAGACAUCAAAAUCUAACCAGAAAGAUUUUACAAGUUCUCCAGCCUAAAAGGCACACCAAAAUAAUCCUGAUGGUUUCAGGUUAGUUCUCACUUCGUUUCACAGCCCAGCUGAGUUACUGUUCAUGGCAUGCCCACAGUACUUGUUCCAGGUGAGUGCUUGACAGAGAACGUAGGCCUAACACUUGUUUUGGUAGGAGAAAUGAAAAAGUAUAAAAUAAAAUAUCUUCAGAUAUUAUUAGCUGCCUAUGCUGAGCAAAAUUUUGGAAGCUAUUUAUAAAACUGGUUUUUUCACUCAGAUACAUUGGAUGCUAUUAAACUGGGUGUUUACCACCCACAAUACUUACAUUUGCUGUGGUACUCAAUGUAUUUCAAGUUCUAAAUAUAGAGAGUUCUACUGUGUGGUAAAUGCACCUUUUAAGGAGACCUACUGUUGCUAAACACUGGUUUACUUUUUAAAGCAGGCUUGCCAGGGAAGAAGCCUUUCAGAAUUAAAAAAUACUCAGAGAAAGGCUCUUGGGAAAUAGGACAGGAAGACUUUCUAAUGAUGUGUCAGUUUACACAUGAAGGGGAAGGAAUUAAGCUGAUAAUAUGAGCUGCAAGGGUUUUUUUGCCCUUGGUUUUACAGCAAUUAGAGUUCAUGGCCUCAUUUUCAAAGGUAUUUUAUUUUUCCAUUUGAUGGAUGAGAAACUUGAACAGACUAUGAAGUGGAUUUUAGCUAUUAUAGAUACCAAAAGAAUUGGUAAGAAUAACCAAAUGGAUCCUCUGCAAAAAGUGUAAAAUCGAGACUUGUUUUGUAAGGUGGGUUUUUUAACCCAUGUAUUGGUUGUGGUUCUUCAUGGCAAUAUAUUGUUUGAGGCUGUGACUUCUUGUACUUUUACUUAUCUAAGCUGGUAUUUAUUGACUGUCCGCAGUGCCAUUUUCAGAAUACCAGAGCAUCUCUACUAUAUGCACUGAACAGUUUCUCAUGUUUUUUUCGACAGUCCUGUCUGAGGUUUCUACUUCUGUUUUUCUCCAAAACCUGUGUACCAAAUAAACAUGUUACCCCAUUUCAGUAAUCGUCCUCUAAACAAUCCUGUUCCUUCAUUAAUCACAGCUAGUAUGCGUGCGCUGCAUCGGGGUUACUGGGCUGGAUGUGUUUCGACUGGGUUUGCUGUUGCUGCAGUUCAUUUCAGAGGACUCCAACAGAUUAUGUAACAAAUAAAUGUGAGUUGGUUAUUUGAAA